AUGAUUAAUGGAAAUACUGGAGUUUGGCAUCUUCGCUAUUUACUCUUAUUGAAAUCAUCAGAAGUACAAAUAUUUUCUAGUUUCAUUUUAUUAUCAACAAUCAUUCUAAUGUUUUGCAUACAAAUCAAACUGAAAUUUUCAUCUAAAAAAUCUAAAUCGAUUAACAACAGAAAUGAGCUUGUUCAUACGAAUCAACAACAAUUAGUUAACAACAAAGGAGUGGACAAUGGAACAAUCUAUAUAAACAGGAAUUCAGGACAGAAUUGUAUGAAUUUGAAAGGUAACAAAUUAAUUAGAAACUUUUCAAAUCCACAAUCUACUCCUACUUGUCAACCUUCACCACCUUUACUGCCUCCACGUAUAAAUCAUCUUCAACAACAAUCAUCUUGUAAAACAAUAAAUGGAAAUAUUCUAACAGUGGAACAUAUACCAUGUUCAGAAGUAAUCCUGUGUAAUCAGAAACCAUUACAGAAUAAUAGUCAAUAUGAAGAUGGGAAAUAUCUCUCAGGAGGUGAACAUUCACCUUUUACAACAUGGCUUAUGAAAAUCAAACAAGGAAUUCGCCGUUGGAAAGACAGUCUUGUUGGUAAAGCAUCACUUAAUACGUCAACGCGAGUAAAUUACUGUUCGAAUCCAAUGAAUGGUAAUUGUGUACGGAACCAUAGUAUGUCGGUUGAAGAUAUUUCAAUGGGAAACAGUCUGAAGACUAUUUCAAGUGUGAGAGAAGAAGAAGGUGUAUUCCAAAGUCUGCAUAUUAAACGUAAGGCUAAUAGUAUGAAAGAAGGUGAUAAGAAUGCGAAUGUUAAUGGAAACAGCAACACUCGUAUAUUACAGUCAUAUUCAAAUAUUGGAUCAAUGAACCCUAUCUCAGACUUUCAUCCUUCAACUUUUCAUCAUUUCAAAUCACAAAGUGAUUUUUUUGACCCAAUAUACUCAGUUAUUAAAUACUCAAUGAAGGAAACACCCCAGUCAACAUGCUCAUUUUCAUUGUGCAACUAUUCAGCAUCAUCAAUUAACCAAUGUUGUUUAACAGAUCGACUUCUAACAAAAGACAUUUGGACAAGUCAAGAUUCAAUUGUCUCUGAUACACAUGUCUAUUGUGAAUUAAUCAAAUUGAAAGCAGAUAAAAAUAUUUCUCAAAUUGACAAGAAAACAGAUAAACAGUCAAAAUCUGAACAUUAUUCCAAAUAUAGUUUAAUUUCAACUGAAUAUGAAGGUUUUUCAGAUUUUUAUACUGAUCAAUCUUCAAUAUCAUCCACUGUAGAAAUGAUGCAUUCAAAUCAACCUCCAAGAUUACCAAUUAGAAAUUAUGGAGAAAGUACAUUAAAUAUGGUUGAAAAUGUACGUUUAUGGACAUUACGUAAUCAACAAAGAUGUUUAAGAAAUAUACGAAAAGUCAAUAAAAUACACAAACAUAUUCAGUCAAUGCUAGACAUGACUUGGAAGCUGGAUGGAACUAAAUAUUAUCAAGAAUUUCGUUUUCGUAAGAUGAAAGAUAACUUAAGGAAUUCUUCUUGCAGAACCUCAGUUAGACGUUAUAAACAUUACUUUGGAAAACGAAUCUUUCCUGAACAAUCUUCAACAUGUCAUCAACGAAGUACAAAGAAUUUGUCUCAGAUGAACACAAGAUCAGUUUUCUCUGAAUCUGAUGCUGCUGUUUCAUUGGAGAAUUUCAAUUCACCAAAUUAUCGUGGUUCCCUUAAUCGAAGAACAAAAAAUCAAAUGAAGCAAAUCAUUUCAGGGUGUCAUUCAAAUGAUGCGUUCUAUCCAGAAAUAGAUGUACAGUCAACUGAAAAGCCUUUAACAUUCAACGAUCUGUUCAAUAAUUUAAGACAUAUAGACAGUGAAGUUGACAUCUCAGAAAUUUACCCGUACAGAAAUAAGUCCUCAGUGUGUAUACAAUCACCAUCGAAACACUUGUAUAAUCCACUUGUGUUAAAUCAAUCCUAUACACCAUUAUAUCAUAUUUACAUUCCAAACAAUAAUGAUAAACCAAUAAAAUUACACUCUGAAGAAAAUUUCAAUUGUUUCAAUAUGAAUGAGUCAAAUUUUCCUUAUAAUAGAACUGAUAACUAUUCAAACAUUGAUCUAAGUGAAAGAAGUAAGUCAUUCCCUGGAGGAAACAUGUAUUCUUCUUCUUUAUGUAUGCCUCCGUUAAUGGAACGAUCUAUGGAAGAUGAUGAAUAUCAAAUGUAUAAAUUAAAAUGA